UGCUAUGAGUCAAUUGUCCAAAUAUAAAGUAGUUUAGAGCCUAAAAAAGUACUCAGCAUCACUAUAUUUUUGUGAAAGCUUUUAAAUGAAAGCGUAAAGUCGACUCUUCAAUGACAUCUUCAUUGCAUUUUUCCAAAUCCAAUCUAGUGGUACACAAAGGCAAAAAAACAACAACCCCUCACUGUCCAAAUACUUGUGGCCCUGACUGUACAAAAUGAUGCAUUUGUGUGCACAUGUGAGCCUACCUUAAAGAGGAUGUUUUCCUGGCCAUCUGUCACCUCCUGCAGGUUCUUAUUCUUCUUGUUGUCAAUUUGCUGCACUUCUAGCUCAGCUUGCAGCCCGGAGUCUGCAGCCGGCUUCUUUGGCACAGCAGCAGCUCCCGGCGCAAAAAGCGCACAUUGGACCGCAAACGUAACAAUGCACAACUUCAGCAUGCUGCUGUGAUUCUCUCAAAAGGGGGGUGGAGGGGGAAAGAAAGUUGCAGUAUUAAAUUUAGCAGCCGUGAAUAGUCCUUGGCCUCCUCAUGGCUCCAGAAGUUGCAUGAGGCUUUAUGACGCCAUGAUGUCAAUGCACUGAUGGAGAGUGGAGAAAAGAGGAGUGUGUGUUCACUCCUGUGUGCGCUGACAGUAGGCGGGCCUGCUGCAAUGUAAUGAGGAGGAGUUCAACUCUCAACAAUAAAUCAGCACAUUUAAAUAAUGGCAACCAAAUGCAAAAUAUUAGAAACAGUCUUCAGUCGAAUGCAUCGCAGUUCCACAGCUCUGCAGACCACAAUAAUAAACACAUUGUCUUAGUAAUAAAGAAUCCAUUGUAUUGGAGCUUUAUAGAACUAUGUCAAUGCUGCCCUCUAGUGGUACAGGCUUGUACUGCAAUAGGAAACGUUAUUUGAUGAUGCAAACUUAAAAGUUAAAGUACCAAAGAUUGUCAAAAUUAUUCUUUGCAUUUGACCCGUCACCCUUGAUCACCCCCUGGGAGGUGAGGGGAGCAGUGAGCAGCAGCUGGGGCCGCGCCUGGGAAUCAUUUUUGGUGAUUUAACCCCCAAUUCCAACCCUUGAAGCCGGGAAUAAUUGUUUUUAUGAUUUAACCCCCAAAUUCCAACCCUUGAUGCUGAGUGUCAAGCAGGGAGGUAAUGUACCCGUUUUUAUAGUCUUUGGUAUGACUCGGCCGGGGUUUGAACUCACGACCUACCGAUCUCAGGGCGGACACUCCAACCACAAGGCCACCGAGCAAAAAGCACAUUAAUAUUAUUACAAGUAUUUGGCUUUCUGUUGUAUGUAACAUUAUGUAAAGGUAUAGGAAGGUCGGCUAAGGCACACUGUGCCACAGUCAGAUUGUAGAAAUAUUAACACAGAAUAAUAAUAUUUAUGCUUAGAGUACAGAAAGUUGGUAUACAUGUCAGAAAUAAAUACUGGCAAUCCUAUUUGUAACUUUUAUUUGUAUUGUUUUGCAUAGAAAUGGCAGUGUUAAGUCAAUGAGGUUAAUAAAAAAAUAAAGUUGGUAUACAUGUCAGAAGAAAAUACUGGCAAUUGUAUUUGUAACUUUUAUUUGUAUUGUUUUGCAAUAACUCAAUUAGGCAUAUAAAAAGAGUAAAAAGUACUUAAAAAAACCCAAAAAACAUAACUUUUAAUUUGAGGUCAUUAUUUACCGGAAAACAAUCCCUACUUAAAUUACAAAUCAGUUGAUUAUACAAUUUUGUUUUCAUACCAUACACAAUCUAUAAACAGACACCUUGUGAACCCUUGAAUCAAUCUUUUUUGCUUGUUACCAAGGAUGUUUUUUUCCUGUUUGGCAUUUAGCAGAAUUAUGAAAGAAGACAAAAAAUGUAUACAUGUAAAUGGUAAAAAAAGAUUUAAAAUACAAUUGUGUUUCUGAAUUAUUGAAAGUAAUCCUGUUAUGGAGUAGGGAUGCAACGAUUACAGAGAUUGACGGUGUGAUUAUAGUCAAUGUAUUUAUCAUUGUUUCACGAUUAUCAUGCAGUGAUUAUUUUUACAACCAAAAAUGUAUCAAAUCAGACAUUCCUAAGAGAUUCCGAUGUUAUUUGUUACUGUAUAAAAUAUAGCAGUACAAAAUUAUAAAUAAACUAAAAGUAUUUUGGUCUUGCAAUUAAAUACAAGUAAAAGCCGCUCUGUAAACAUCCUGAUGUUAUGUUAGUGUUCUACACUUCCUAUAUUAACUUACAUGCCUAUAGUUUCUUCAACACACACAGGAAGCAACCCCUACCUUUAAAUGGGCGUUUAUAAUUGUAAAACCGGUUAAUUGUUGCAUCCCUAAUUUUGCAUGCAUCUUGUAAAACCUUAAUUUGACAGUGAAUCAUUCAGGCUUUUGCAGAGACACUCUACUGAUCUAGUAAAUUAGGAGUGGCGGAGGUCUGCACUCAAGUGAGUGCACCUCCAGCUCAUAAAUGCUCUCAAUCGAUUAAAAAAUAAAGCGCACCUAUUUUUUUCAAUGUCGGCUGACAUUUUUGUUCAUUGUGAAGGUUAGCCGUAGCGUCACAGGCGUCAUGUUUGUCUUGAGGGUCCUGCCGUGAAGCAGCAAAGCUGUCAAAGUGGCCGCUACCAACAUCAAGAUGAGUCACCCGGGAGAAAACAGCCUUCCUGCUCCGUCCUCUCCUCCGCAGCCACAGGGAGGAUAAGGUGAGAAAUUCGGCUCCACAGUCCACCGUACUUGUCCAGGUCCAUCCUGUCGAAGGCCACGAAGCGGUCAUGGGAGAGGAACUUCCUCUGAAGGUGGUCGUCCACCAUCUCCUCCACGUUUCUCAGAGAAGCCUCGACGGGAAUCUCAUCCUCCAGCAGGACAGUGAAGAUGAGAAACGUCUUCUUGUACGCCGCAUUCUCAUGGUCGCAGUAGCGAUAGAAAAUGAGCGUGGAGCCCGGCGGCAGCUGCUCAAAGCGGUGGAUGACCGCCACGGGUUUGUCUCCCUCGAAAGCUUGCUGAAGCUGCAGGUCGAUGUCUUCCUUCACCUUGUAGCUAUCUUCUCCGACGUUGGCGCCGUCUAUGUGGAGGACGGUGGCAUUGAUGGCGGUGGAUACGGCGGAGGCCAGGUUGCUGGCCAGGCAGCGCAGCGUCUUUCUGCCUGAGACUCCCGCCGUCAGGACCAGGCUGACCGGCUCGCUGGGCUGAGCCGUCAGGAUGUGCCUCUUCAGAUGUCGAUUGGCGAAACGCUGCUUGGGGGCGGAGGCUCAGGCUGGAGGAGAUGCUGUGCCAGGAUGGCGAGGAGUACCAUCAUGACAAAAGCUAUCAGUUCUUAAUUAUGAGGCGACCCCGAGAGGUCCACUAAAGAGGUCUAAAAAGGAGAUAGGAAAGCAGUCUGCUGCUGCUUCUUCUGUCACGACUGUUAAUGGGUCAAGACAUGUGGAGAAUAAUAUACAAGAUAAAGAGUCCUCCAGCAAGAAGAGUCGACUGGAGGCUGAACAAACUUUGGGUGACAGUGGCGAUGAGAUGGAUGUCCAGAUAUCAGAUUUUGACAUGAAUGAAAACAAGGAAAUGGAUGUGGAAGAAGAUUACAUUCAUCCUCAGCAGCAAGAGCAUAUUUCCUAUCCUCUUUAUCAGCCAAAAGUUCAUGACAGACUAGACAAAAUGUCCCCAUACGUAAAGCUUGGUGACCGCUGCCAUUUGCCUGCAAAUACAGACAAAGACUUGAUGAAACCCAAAGAAGUAAAGUCCUCAACAACAGCACCUGCAACGCCCAUAAAGCCCUUGGACAGCGAUGUACAUGUCCCAAAGAGCACCACAAUGGCCGAGUACAGGAAGGAGAUGGAAGCUAAAGCUGUUAACCACCGGAACGUCCCGAGUGGCUAUACACCCCCUGGGAAAGCUUAUACAGUACGACAGAGAGCCACUAACAUUCCCUCCCAGAAAGAGAAUGUCCAGCAGCACAAGAAACAAGAAGUUAAAAAGACAAGAGCUGUUGCCAGGAAGCCCUCUGCUGGAGAUUCAUCAAAAGGCUUCCUUCAGUACUUUUUCUGGUCGGUUGUCCUGCUACUGCUGCUCGGCUCGGCUGUACUGCUUGUUUACAAGAACAAGAUGAAGUCAAAAAGCAGUGCGGGGCGUCCAUCCAGGUCAGUGAGCCUCGAAACAUUUGCAGAACACCUGUCCCGCCUGGAGGCUCGCUUCCAUAAUCAGAGGCCCGAGCUGUGGACCAGGAGCAGGAUCCACUUGGAGAAACACCUCCGAACGGCACAGCCCACAGAGCCCGUGAGUCUGAUUCUGACGUCCGGGCGUGGGGCUGAAAAGACACUGUCCUGCUUGGCUAAGAGUCUGGCUUCAGCCUUCUCCUCAGCCGUCCAGGGUUCCGUGCUCCACAUAGAUGGAGCAAGCAAAGCUGGCCUGGAGAGCGACGCGGUGAAGCUAGACAUCGACGGGCAGCUGCAGGCAGCUUUUGGAGGAAGCCAACCGGUUGCCGUCAUGCAUCGCCUGGAGGAGCUGCCACCGGGUUCCACGCUCAUUUUUUACCGCUACUGUGACCACGAAACCGCCGCAUUCAAGGAGGCCUUCCUGUUAUUUACCAUCCUGCUGCCUCAGGAUGAGGUCAGGGGGGAACUUGAAAUUGUCGAGGAGUCGGUACAAGAUUAUCUUAAGGACAGGCUGGUGGGCUCCGGCGACCACACGUCCUUCAAUGACAUGGACGCAGAUAAGUACGGCGGACUGUGGAGCCGCAUCUCCCAUCUGGUCUUGCCUGUGGUGGCCGAGAAGGAUGUCGAGCAAAACGGAUGCUGAGGAGCUAAGCUGGCAUUUCCACAAAAGAAACGACCAGGUCUGCUGCAUGGAGGUAAUGUCACCAAAAUGAAAGCAAACAUUGAAAAGGUCAAAGAUUAGAACCUGAUAACAGGUGACACUUGCUUACACUCAGGUGUAGAAUCAUUCCUAAAUAACACAAGGACAAGCCAUUGCUUGAACCCAUUCAUACAUUUGAUUUCUUACUUUUGUGUGCUCUUUUAUGCAAUCCUCAGAUAACUGAUAGAUCAGGGUUUUAAAGUGUGUGUGCAGUUGCUACAACAGCUUGUCUACAGAAUUUGAUUUUACUGAUAAUUUUGUCAAGAUCUUUAUUCUUGUAACAUCCCCACAAGCAGAAUUAUUUUUUAAAUAUUUUUGUGUGAACAUUUUGAUCUCACAGGUUAUUAGUGUUUCUCAAACUUUCAUUUAUUUUUGGCAACCCGCUAUAUAUUUACAAAGUGUUACAAAAGUGGAUAGAGAAAAAUCUGUGAUUUUUUUUGGGGGGGGGGGGGUGACGCUUUCAGAGACUUAACAUGAACGUAUCGCUCGUCUUAACGAGCAGCGGGUGCCUUAUCCCCCAUCACUCACAGACAGCUCCGUCUUGCUCGUGACAUGAGAAAAACACAGAGAAGCGACAGAAGAAAGUUACGGUAAUUUGUACAGUGUUUCUAAACAUAUUUGUUUUUCUGUCUCUCCCACAGCAUUCAUAAUAUACAUGCAUGCACAUGCGUCAUGGCCAAUUAUACAAAUAAGAUACACAAAUUUCAUGUAGCUCCCAUCGUCCUGGGGAAAACACUGAAUUUUGCAAUUUAACUGCAAUCUGCCUUUGAGACUCACAAUAUUAAAAAAUGAUUACUGAAUUAUUAAUUUGACUUUCUCUCGUGAUGCUCCUGUUUUUUGAUAUUUAGUUUCCCCACAGGUAACAAUUGAUAUAUUGAAUAAAAGAUUAUUUUGGUACUUGUGAUUCAUCAUCGUCGAUCUUACACUACUUUGAUCGACAGAUGACUACUUUGAUCGAAAGACGAUUAAUGUUGUGCAAACCCAUUCAGAGACAGAGAAGUUUGUAUAUUUUAUUGUAAAUAAUUAACAGCCAAUUUAUACAGUGUGUAAACAUAACAUUUUGCUGGAACUUCUUUGAUAUAUUCCCACCUUAAAUAAAAACGCGUUGAACUUGAUGUUUAUC